CAGACUGCGGGGACAUGGCCACCCUGGAGAGGCUCCGAAGAGAAUUGCCCGGCCUCAUACCGGAGUAUUUCCGGCAGUGCAGAGCUGCUGAAGAGAACAGGCCGGCAGAGUACGCUGCUGCAGUGGUGAUCCAGAGCUGGUUUAGAGGAUGCAGGGUGAGAGCCUAUCUCAGGUACCUGAACCGAAUGGUGACUGUGAUCCAGAAAUGGUGGCGUGGUUAUCUAGCAAGAAAGUAUUUCCGAAAAAAAGUGAAGACAGCCUACUUCAUUAUGAAGAUGAAUUUCUACAAUGACAUGGCUGUCAGGAUACAGAAGAUGUGGUGGGGUUACUAUGUCCGGAAGUAUGUGCAUAACUAUUAUGCACUGAAAAGAUAUCUGGAAGGUGUGGCCAUUAAGAACAGUUUAGUAAGGAAGGAACUGGAGGAAUACGCCACCAUGAAAGAGAAGGAAAAACUGAGGAGAUAUUUGGAAAAGGAAGAACACAGGAAGAACCAUGAAGCCAGGAAGAUGCAUUACCUCCUCAGUACAGAGCAGGUGGCGAGUGUAUUUAACUCACCGUAUAGGCAGUAUCCUGAUGAGAUGGAGUUCCGGCUACAGAGAGCCAGACCAUUGAGCCAUCGAGACCUUUCAAAGAAGAGUAAUGACAGUGACGGCUUUGUUGAUUGGUCAGACUGUAGGCAUCCUUUUACCUUUCCGACAGCAUCACUUCUUCCUCCUAUAAACAAGAAGAAGCCACAGGGGCCAUUCCGUGAUGUUGGUGAAGUACUGCAGCAGCGUUACAGACCACUGGAGCCAACCCUGAGAGUGGCCACAUCAUUCACUUCUGUGGAAGAAGCCCGAAAGGUGAUAAAAUGGCAGGAGUGGACAAAGGGCUUUCAGGAUGACAUAUUUUCUCCAUUUGCCAGCCUACAUAAAAAUAAACCCUAUGAACCAUUAAUUCACACAUCGACUGAAUACAAGAGGAUCCCAUAUGGCAGUCAACAUUUUCGUGGUGAGGAGCCAGCCAAAUGGGUGGCAAAGAAGGACUUCCAAGCCACAUUCACGCCUAUCCCACUUUUCAAUAAAUAUGGACGCAUGUAUUCCAAGACGGGGCAAGCAGUAUAACUUCUUCUCUGCUGCAAAAGAUGCCAAGAGGAAUGG